AUGCCAAUGAUGACUAGUAUGAAAUUAGAAGAAAAAAAUCAACUACGUCUACAAGUUCUUGAUAUGUUUAAACAUGCAUUCGGUUCAUAUAUGAAAUAUGCUUAUCCUGCCGAUGAACUAAUGCCAUUAAGUUGUAAAGGUCGAUAUCGAGGUUCCGAACCAUCACGAGGUGAUAUUGAUGAUGCGCUUGGAAAUUUUUCUUUAACACUUGUCGACAGUUUGGAUUCUUUAGCGGUUCUUGGAAUGUUCGAUGAAUUUGAACGUGCCAUUCGUCAAAUUAUUCAACAUGUUACGUUUGAUCGUGAUGUUAUUGUUUCUGUGUUUGAAACAAAUAUUCGUAUGAUCGGACAUAUUAUUCUUUAUUUUAGUGGUCUUCUCGGUGGUCAUAUAUGUGCAAAAUAUAUUCAUUUACAUAAUCCAUCACGUUUAUCUUGGUAUCGUGAUGAAUUAUUAAUUCUAGCACAUGAUUUAGCUUUACGUUUAUUACCAGCAUUUAAUACAACAAGUGGUUUACCAUUGCCACGUGUUAAUCUUCGUCAUGGUAUUGAUUUAACAUUAUCGAGAAGUGAACGUGAACGUUAUACAUGUACAGCAUGUGCUGGUACAUUAAUAUUAGAAUGGGCAACAUUGUCACGUUUAACAGGAAAUUAUUUAUUUGAACAAUAUGCUGAUCGUGCUAUGUCAUAUUUAUGGGAAAGACGACAUAGACAAUCAAAUUUAAUGGGUACAAUACUUAAUGUACAUUCAGGUGAUUGGAUUGUACGUGAAUCAGGUAUUGGUGCUGGUAUUGAUUCAUAUUAUGAAUAUUUAUUUAAAGCAUAUGUUUUAUUGGGUGAAAAAAAUAAUGAUUAUUUAUCUCGAUUUGAAGAACAUUAUUCAUCUAUAAUGUCUUAUGUUCAACGUGGUGUUGCAAUGGUUAAUGUUCAUAUGCAUCAACCAUAUCGUUCAGUUAAACAACAUAUGGAUGCUUUAUUAGCAUUUUGGCCUGGUUUACAAGUUUUAACAGGAGAUUUAAAAUCAGCUAUUGAAUUACAUGAAAUGCUUUAUAAAGUUGUUAAAAAACAUAAAUUUCUACCAGAAGCAUUUACAACAGAUUAUAGAAUACAUUGGAAGUCACAUCCAUUAAGACCGGAAUUUGUUGAAUCAACUUAUUUUCUUUAUAAGGUGAGGUUAUAUAUUAUAGGACUGAUUUUGAGCUUUUGA